AUGGGGCAUUGGGACUUUGCAAUUAAGGAGAAACUUCCAAAGAUAUUAGACACCUUGUUAAGAAGUCAUAUGAAGAUAAUCCGCCUCUCCCUGGAGACUCAUCUCAGGAACCAAUUAGGGUAUGAAGCUGGGGCAGUGAGUAUAAGAAGCUCCUUCAAUCGCUGGCUUCACACUCCCAUGUAUUUCUUCCUCAGCCAUCUCUCCUUCGUGGACUUCUCCUACUCUUCUGUCACCGUCCCUCAGAUGCUGGGUGUGCUGCUGGAACAUGGUGCCGUUAUCUCUCAAGCUCGCUGUGCAGCUCAGUUCUUCCUCUUCACCUUCUUUGCCUCCACUGAGUGCUACCUCUUGGCCAUCAUGGCCUAUGACUGCUACGUGGUCGUUUGUCAACCCCUGCUUUAUGUCACCGUUAUGCCUGAGAAGGACCGCUUAGGCUUAGUGACUGGGGCUUAUGUGGCUGGUUUCUCCAGUGCCUUUGUUAGAAGCACAGCCUUCAUGCUCUCCUUUUGUGGAAACAAUGAAAUCAACUUUAUCUUCUGUGACCUUCUGCCUCUGUUAAAGCUCACAUGUGGGGAAAGCUACACCCAGGAAGUAGUGAUUAUUGUGUUUGCCAUUUUUGUCAUGCCUGCUUGUAUACUGGUGAUCUUGGUAUCCUACCUGUUUAUCAUCGUGGCUAUCAUGAAGAUCCGUUCUGCUGGGGGCCGGGCCAAGACCUUCUCUACCUGUGCCUCCCACCUCACUGCUGUCGCUCUCUUCUUUGGCACCCUCAUCUUCAUGUACCUGCGAGAUAACACAGGACAGUCCUCCGAGGAAGAGCGGGUAGUGUCAGUGCUCUACACAGUGGUGACCCCCAUGCUGAACCCUCUCAUCUAUAGUCUUAGAAAUAAGGAGGUAAAGGAGGCUGUUAUGAAAGCUUUGAGCAGGUCAAAAUCUUCUGGGAGGCCCUUGUGA